AUGAGCUUCUUCAGCAAGUUGUACGAGCAGUACACGGAGCUGUGGCGAGCUGUGAUCCGACCUCCUCGUGAUCAGUAUGAGAUCAAGGAUUUGGGCCCGGCCGUCUUCAGCAUCGAGAACCGGACCUAUCAACGCACAGACUUGUCGUUGAAGAAUCCCCGGGGCCUCACGCUGGUGUGCAGUCACUUCGAACCAAUUGCAGCGGAACGACCGGCUCAGCGACUCCCUUGUGUGGUGUACCUGCAUGGUAACUGCAGCAGCCGCUUAGAGGCGGUGAGCACUUUGCCGGUGCUGCUGCCGUUCAACAUCACUGUCUUCUGCCUCGACUUUGCCGGCUCCGGGCUCUCUGACGGAGAGUACCUGAGCCUGGGCUACUACGAGCGGGACGACCUGGCGGUGGUGGUGGACCACCUCCGGGAGUCCUAUGGCGUCACCUGCAUCGGCCUCUGGGGCCGUUCCAUGGGCGCGUCCACGGCGCUGCUGCACGCCGACCGUGAUCCAUCCAUCGCAGGGCUGGUCUUAGACAGCCCCUUUUCCGACUUGAAGGUGCUGUGCGAAGAGCUGGUCGAUGGCUACACGAACUCUCGAGUGCCACGCUGGGUCACCGGCAUCGCUCUCCAGAUGGUUCGCAGCUCCAUCUCGACCCAUGCCGACUUCGACAUCUAUGACUUGGCUCCCGUGCAGCACGUUUCCAAGUCCUUCAUCCCGGCGCUCUUCGCCGCCGCGUACAACGAUCACUUCAUUCCACCGCAUCAUGCCAAAGAGCUGCAUGCGGCCUAUGCAGGAGACAAGAACUUCAUCAUGGUGGAGGGGGACCACAACUCUUCCAGAUCCAAGUUCUUCUUGGACUCGGUCUCCAUCUUCUUCUUCAAUACCUUGCAGUGCGAGCUGCUGGUGAAGCAUGACCCCCGAGAGGCUGCGGCGGCGCGGCCGAGCCGGGAGUCAGCGCCCAGGCCCUUUCCGGAUGGCUUUCAGCCCAGACCACCUUUGAGGCCGCCGGUGGAAGCAGUGGAAAUGCGCGACGAGGCGCUUCACCAGAUGAGCUUCUGA